CUGACACUUAUUCAACACUGCCACCUUAAGCAGAUUACUUUGUGCGCCGUUUGUGUAAAACACGCCGCUCACUUCGCGUCUCUCCAUCAUGUUCAGGAUGCUCCAGCCGGGCUUUUUUCUCUUGAUCGUAUGGCUUUGUCACCUCAUCGGACAUCACAAAGUUCACGCUGGGAACUGCUGGCUGCAGCAGGGGAAGAACGGGAGGUGCCAGGUGCUCUACAUGCCCGGGAUGACCAGGGAGGAGUGCUGCCGGAGCGGGAGGCUGGGGACGUCCUGGACCGAGGAGGACGUCCCCAACAGCACGCUCUUUCGGUGGAUGAUCUUCAAUGGCGGGGCUCCUAAUUGCAUACCUUGCAAAGAAACCUGCGAUAAUGUUGACUGCGGGCCCGGGAAGAGGUGCAAGAUGAACAGGAGGAGCAAGCCGCGCUGCGUGUGCGCACCGGACUGCAGCAACAUCACUUGGAAAGGACCUGUCUGCGGCUCAGACGGGAAGACCUACAAGGACGAAUGCGCACUGCUCAAGGCCAAAUGCAAAGGCCACCCCGACCUGGACGUGCAGUACCAGGGGAAGUGCAAGAAAACGUGCCGCGACGUCUUGUGCCCCGGCAGCUCCACGUGCGUCGUGGACCAGACAAACAACGCGUACUGCGUGACGUGUAACCGAAUUUGCCCCGAGGUGACAUCGCCCGAGCAGUACCUGUGCGGAAACGACGGGAUCGUGUACGCGAGUGCGUGCCACCUGAGACGGGCAACCUGUCUCCUGGGCCGGUCCAUCGGAGUGGCGUACGAGGGGAAGUGCAUCAAGGCCAAGUCGUGUGAGGACAUCCAGUGCAACGCGGGCAAGAAGUGCCUGUGGGACGCGCGCAUGAGCCGGGGCCGCUGCUCGCUGUGCGACGAGCUCUGCCCGGAGAGCCGGGCGGACCAGGCGGUGUGCGCCAGCGACAACGCGUCGUACCCGAGCGAGUGCGCCAUGAAGCAGGCCGCCUGCUCCCUGGGGGCGCUGCUGGAGGUCAAGCACUCGGGAUCUUGCAACUCCAUUACAGAAGACAUGGAGGAGGAUGAGGAAGAUGAGGACUCAGACUACAUGGCCUAUGUCCGUAUCUCCUCUAUACUGGAUGGAUAGGCCUCCCGUCACUAGGGGAACAUCCUAGGGCAAGGAAUCAUGUCCAUACUGUACAUUAUGUGUAUGCUUAUUUAUUUUUAAAAGAAAAAGGAAGUAUACAUAUAGUUCAGUCUGCUAGAUGUUUAUUUAUACUUUUUGUUGUUGUUGUUGUGUGUUUUAUAAUUUAUACAUUUACAAUGUCAGGCUUACUAUCUACCAUGAUAUAUAUCGUGUUACCACUCAUUUCCCCCAUAUUUGUUGUUGUACUUUUUGACUUUUUCUUCUCUCUUUUUUUAUCAUGAAGAAAUAUAUUUGUCCAAAGAGAAGCAGUGUUAUUUAUUUGUCAUGCUACCGUGUAAGUAAGUCCUCUCUACAAGCUGUAAAUUGCAUUCCCUGAAGCUGUACAAAAUCUGCUUGUUCCUGUCAAAUCUCUAUCACAGAUGUUUAUGUCACACAUACGUAAAUGCAUGUUUAGGCUGUGUGUUUAUUUAUUGGGAAUAUAUCAAUCAUUUUAUGUACAGUAAGUGUUUCCGGUUUGUUUACAACUCACGAGAACUGACCAAAGGGAUUAUCUCAAUGGUUUUGCAAAAAAAAAAGAGCAUCGUAAAGGUUGCAACACAGCAGUGAUGAAAUGGAACAGAAGAAAAAGAAAAAAAACUCAAAACGAGCCAUUUGUCUUUCUUUUCCUAUUUCUUUGGUUACUUCUUAGUUUCAGCCCUUUUAGAUUUGUUUCCGAACGGAGACGAUAACUUAAAGACAUUCAAUAGCAUUCAUUUUGUCAUACCACAUUAGAGCAGAGGUAAGUUUUGGACAAUACUUGAUUAUUUUUGGAAACAAUGUGCCAUUGACAUUUUUGUCUGCUGUCUUCUUGCCAAUGUGCUCCAUAUUUCUCUCUGAGAGCUCAAAUAGGACGAACGUACUGCAGUACUCUAUAUCAGCCGUCAUCACUUUGUUCCCUUUUUUGUUUCUGUUUCUUUUCUUUCUUUUCCAGAAUACAUUUUUAUUUUCAAACAUCACAAGAGAAAUACAAAAUUCUGUUAUGAAUAUAUAGUUUUGUAUUUUUUUAUGUAAAUGUCAUAUGUACAUACAAAGUUUGAUGGUAUUUGUACAGAUAUGAAGAGUGAAACAAUAAAAGUUUUUUCCUUAUACUUUU